AUGGCUCUCCCAAUUCAAGUGAAAAUGAAGGGGAAGGCACUUGUAUAUGAUAUUCUUAAGAAUAUUAUUUCAGCAUCUCAAGCUGAAAAGAAUAUACUCUUCGAAAUUCAGCCAUUCCUCAAUUAUGGAUCUUCAUUUAGGAUCAGAGUUCUCAAUUUCAUUAGACCAGAAUUUGCAGGAUCGAGUUCUACAUGA